GAAUUUUGUCCCACCAGUAGCACCGUAUCUCCUCCGUCACAUGACCACCAGCGUUUCCCGUUACUAUUGUAUUACACUUCCAUGUUUUUCGCCUCAAACAGCGACCCGUAAUGUGAACCACAGCGGUGCACGUCGUCACUAGUCGUGUGAUUUGUGUCGCACAUAAGAUAUAAGUUAGUUCAACGUCCCGUCGCGGAGGCGCUGACCCGGAGAGGAGGUGGUGGGGGUCGGGGGUCGGGGGGUCAAACAUGGCCAACUGUGUGGCUUUCCAGAGCAAGUUAACCUCCAUCAUGGAGGUGCUGGCGAAGGCUGCCGUGGUGGAAAUUAGCAAACUGUGGGAGGACGGCUUCGCCCUCGUGCAGCUCGAGCUCCGGCGGAGAGAGAGCGAGAUCGAAGCCCUGAACAGAAAGUUGGUGUUGAUGGAGAACGAGCGGCUCACGAGUCUGUCUCCACCAUCUUCCUCCAAGAGAGAGCUGCAGCCGCUCACCGGUGACGGGCCGAUUAUAGAUUCUGUCCAGACGCUGUCGUGCGAUCAGAGCGUCAGAGAGAAGGCGGACACGUCAGCGAAUCACAGGACUCCGCCUCCAUCACAGACGGAGGAGAAACAAUGCGAGCAGCUCAAGUCCGACGUCUGCGAAAGCGACGGCAGGGACGACGACGAAGACCUGAUAGUGAAGCUAGAGGACGAGGACGACGUCCAGAUCGUGGAGCAGAUCGUGGACUCGGUGGAUCACGCCGACGCCGACGGAGCGGGUCACCACGAGAUGGAAGUGGACCUCCAACCUGCCGAGGAAGAACAAGAGAGCCAGCAUUGGUCGUCUGUUUCGGUGGGAGACAGCGACACUGCUGAUGACUCGGACUGCUUCUUUGAACCGAAGCAGCUGUCACAAAACCUGGACUCGGAAAUCCUGCUCAUUCAGAAUGCGUUGGACAUUUUUGACAAUUCAGCAGAGACGGCGUACUCUGACAGGUUUGUGAGGGAUAAUGGACCUGGUGCGUCGAGUAAAUCGAGGGCUCCUGUGACUUUUAGCCAACCUCAGCAGCAGAGUCAGCCUACAGAAGCAAUGAAUCACCCAGAGAGAGUGUCCAUCAGAUUCCUCUCAGAGAAACAACCACAAACUAAAAACAUGUCCGCUUUUAACCCCGACAGCAGAUUCUUCCUUCUGAACGACCCCGAGGUGCAUAAAACUAUAGCGAGCCGCCGCAUAAAGGAGAAGUGGUUCAUCUGCCCGUUCUGUGGCAAGAGCUUCGACCGCGUCAGCCACCUGGAGAUUCACCAGCGGAUUCACACGGGUGAGAAACCGUAUACGUGCGACACAUGCGGCAAGUGUUUCUCUCAGAGGAGCAACCUUCGCACUCACCAGCGGACUCACAAAGAGGCACUUUCCCAAAAUGAUUCAGUAACUUUCGAGGUGUGAGAAACAGCUCGAAAUAUCAGUGUGUCUAGAUGAACUAACAAAUUCCCUUUUCUAUUUUGACAUCACUGAAAUGUAACGUAGCCGACUGAUUUUACUGUGCACUUCUUUCUUUGGGAUGAAUUAAAACUUUAACAUAGCUUGGAGUGUAAGGACUAACUUUGGUAUUAAGUACUGUUUGUAAACCUGGUUAAAAACAAACAUGUAGGGACAUCCAGCCACGGUGACAUGGCUGAAUAUUGAUGUCUACAGGUUACACAUAAGGACAUGAAUUGCAAACCUGUGUGUGUGGUGACUGUAGAGACUCUGGUGUCCCUCAACAUCACCAUUUCCUCAUCCUUUGUCCGUUAUCAGGCUCACGGUGAAUAUCGAGCAAACAGAACUGCUGGUCGAGGGAAAGAUAUAGAUUACAAA